UGGAAGUGACAUGUAUGAGAUGAUGAAUUCACAAUGUCGAACACUACCGUUCCACAUUGUUGCACAUGAAAAAGUUUUAUUGUUUAGCAUCAAUUAUCGUUUGACGUAAAAUAACGGUCAAAUUAAAUAAUAAAGGAUAAAUAGCUAUGCAACCACACAGUCAAAUUUCAGUUGUGUGUUCAGUUCGCUGCAAGUCAACUUUUAAGAUUCAACAAUAAUUAUGAAGACAUUUGCACCAACUUUCCUCACAAUCGUUUUACUUGAUUUGGCCUACGUGUUUGCUCAUCCUCGCCAUGGUUAUGUCGAUGACGCAAUUUUCUCAGAAGUUGAACUUACGAAACGCGAUGGAGGCAAAUGCUAUAAAGGUAAAUUCUCGAGAGACAAACGAAGAAUAAAUUGUGGUUAUCCAGGAAUUACACGCCAGCAAUGUGAAUCCAAGGGCUGUUGCUAUGAUGUAAAAUUUGGCGAUUUUUACUGUUACUAUAAAGCUGGCUUUUGCAAUUCAGUGAAACCAGGCUUUCGUAUAAAUGCGGUCCCUCGGGAAUCAAUGAAGAUGAGUGCAACGCAAAGGCUGCUGUCAUGACAGGACGCAUAAGAACGCUUACAACUGUUAUUAUCCAACUAGUACUUGCCAUGUUGUAAACCCCAAAGAAAGAAAGGAUUGUGGCUGGGGUGGAAUAACUGAAAGCCAAUGUGAAAGUAAAGGAUGUUGCUAUGAUAGCAGUAUU